AUGAGCACUGGCCUCACGAGCACGGACCACGCGCUGGGCGUAGGACGAGCCAGGUUGCGAUGCCCAAACGACCCCGCCGUGCGAUGCUACAUUUCUCCUGUAAAUUUCAAGAGCUCGCGCUCGCAUGUGAGCGUCGUGCGGAAGGUCGAGGUCCUCCAGGAACGCAAGGGGGAGAUGAAAUGCGCACCUAAUGGAAAACAAUGCUCAAAUGAGCAAGGACACGAGCCGAUGUUCCGUGUUUGGAUCGCGUGUCCCACUUUAGAAGCAGACAUUCUGAUGAAGAAGAGGAUUUUCAUAGCACGACGAGAUGCCGCAGAGAAGCGAAAAAGAAGAAGCGUCAAGAACAAACUAGGGGGACAGAGGAGGAUGGGAGGAGGCAAGGUGGGACUCGCCGUCGCCGUCGCCGGACAGCUUCGGAGGACUCCGCGGCCCGCAAGCGAUUGA